UGUCCUCCAGGUUAUGAUGAUGGGAAGCGCCAGAAUGGCAGAGCUGCUGCUGCAGAGAGGAGCAGAUCCCAACCGGCCAGACCCCUCCACCGGUGCAACGCCAGCCCAUGAUCUGGCCCAGGAGGGAUUCCUGGACACUUUAAUGAUCCUGCACCACUGGGGGGCUCGGUUUGAUCAGCUGGACAGAUGGGGCCACAGCCCGCUAGACCUGGCAAGACAGAAUGGGCAAAAUCACGUGGUUGACUACUUACAAGAAUUAUCUGGUUGAAAUGUUUCAAUGUGAUACAUGAAGAAGCAGUAGAAAGACUAGAGCAGGAAAUGGUCCUGAAAAGUAAUGAAAAUAACAGCAAUAAAGACCAUGGUGGCUUGGACAGG